AUGGAGGCCACCGGAAAGACGACGAGAAUUGUUCUUUUUGGAGUUUGCUCUGCGUGUGCAGCUCUUGCAAUAACAUUUGGUCUUUAUUAUCUAAGAGAAUACAAGGGAAAGAAGAAGAAAGGAAGUAUCACAGAUGUUUUUGAAUCGUUGCACAAACUGCGCGAAGAUGACAGUGGUAGUUCCUUCGUGAUAAAACAAGAGUUGGCGGAAAUACUAAAUGAGAACGGACAUGGCGAGUUUACCAAAGGAACGAUGGCUUCGCUACUAGAGCUUCUUGAAAAAGUAGAGGAUCAUAUGUUAGAGAAGCUUCUUGUUGCGCUUCUGAACUGCUCAGCGUUCACAACAAACCAGGUAGUACGCUAAACCGAAGAAUUAUUAUACUUCAUCCCAGUGACUACAAGUCUACUGUAGACUACAAUAUCGAUCAUGAGAGGCCCAUAUAUGCAUAAACGGACCACAGAAAAGGGAUUUUACCGACGGAAUGCUUCUAGUUUAAGAUAAACCUUCCUCUUGAUCCCUGUUUGAGGAGUUUUUGGGAGAAAAAGUAAAGAUCUUUUGCCAUUCUCAUGAUUAUAAUUUCCGUUUCCCUCUCUGCUUGUUAACCUCUCCGCUUCACUUUGUGCCGAAUUUUGAAAGAAUCGCACGUAAAAGUGAAAGAGCUAAGAUUUCAAUGUAACGGAUCCAUGGACGAGGAAAGUGUUUCACAGAUGCUGGCACUGGCAGCCUUUUCUCUCUUCCAGUCUUCCUCCCCCACCCUUCAAGAAUGCUCCGAUUUAAUCAGCUACUCCAAGUGUAUAGUUUACAGGCACUACCAAAUGAUCCCUUAACCUACAGUCUUAACUAUUCAUUCCUUUUAACCCUUUAACUCCCAGAUCAAACUUGUAACUCUCCUUACUGUCAACCAUACAAUUCUUAUAAUGUUAGUUCAGAGAAUUAAGUAUUAGAUCAAGUAAUUAUCCCCAAAUUGAUAUUUUUAUCUAUUCUCACCAUAUAUCCAGUUGGUAUUGUAUUGAUGUUGUAAGGAGAAAUUCUCUGUUGGUCACUCAUGGUAGUUAAAGGGUUAAGGACACUCAUAGUGGGGUUGAUUCAGGAAUUUUUGAGAGGGAGGGGAGCAAACUUUGAUUCCCAAAAGGCAUUUCUCUCUGGAUCUGCUAUGCAUAUGUUGUGGUUCAACUUUAUCCUUGGUUCAAAUUUUAUUUUCCUUUGUUUCAAACUCAUUAUCAUACAUUACAAUACCCAAAAAACAAAAGAACAUAAAAUUUGAACUAGGGAUAAAAUUGAACCACGACACAUACAUGUACAGGUAUAGUGUAAGCUCACAACAGGUUGAUAUUUGAGGCAGAUUAUUUUUAUUUACUUUGUGUCUCUAGAACAUAAUUCGGGAGUGUGGAGGUCUUUCACGCCUUGUGACCCUUUUAACUCACCCUAAGAAGACCAUCAUCAUCAAGGCUGUACAAGUGUUGUCCAACUUGGCCAUGAAUGAAAAAAAUCAAGCUUGUUUAAAGGUAUUACCCAGAGUUUUUGCUAAGAAUAAGUAAAUGCUCUCAUACUUUGUUGUAUUGAUUCUUUAGGGAGGUUCUUUUGCCUGGUCUAAAUUUUGCAUUGAUCAUGAUUGAUAGGAUGUUUUCGUGUUUGAUGUAUGUUUGUUUGUUUUUUGUAUACAAACAUUUUGUUAUUAAUGGUGCCUUUUUUCACAGGACAGCGUCUUUGAAAUUAUAAAGAACCUUGAAUACUGUGAUGUUCUUGAUGAUGAUGAUGUGAUCACUGAGCAUUUAAAACUAAUGGUUAAUUUGUCUGUGACAAAUACGGCACAUGAAGAGAUCAUGACAGGAGUGCAAGCAUUUUUCGAUAUCCUCUGCCGUUCUCACUCAGAAAAAAUUCAGGUAUAAGAUAUAAAUGAAACAUAUUGUAAACUUCAAAUCCCCAAAUCAAGAAGCUCUUGAUUGUUAAACAAAUUCUCCUUGUCAGCACCUCAUGAGAUGUAGAGAGAACAGUAUGGAGAAGAUGCACACUGAUGUUAGGAUGUGAAGGGCUAGAAACCCCUAGGUGUCUGUUAUUCCCUCAUACAAGAGAGGCAGCCAGAAAAAAAUGAAGAAAGAAAGAAAGAAAAUUCAACUGGCAAAGUACUAAGUAAAUCAUUUGUUAUCAUUAAUGAAAUAAAGUGUCAGUUGAGUAAAUUAAUAUUGUGUUAACUGACUCUUUCACUCUAUUUUUGUUUUUUAAGAAAGAAGUUUUGAGACUGUUGGUGAACUUGUCUUGUAACACAAAUAAUCUGGAAGGGUUACUAGGAUUAAAGGUUUGUCAGAAGUAAAAUCAAAAGUUGAUUUUUUAAACUUUCUUUACAUAUUGCACUGAAAUUUUUGUCUCCAUUUGCAGCCAUUGCUGAUUUUGCAGACAUUUAUGCUCGCAGACAACCAAGAUGACAUUGUUCUUAGAGCUGUAACAGUUGUGGCCAACUUACUUUCCAGCCCAGAUGGUUACACAGAGGUAAAUAAUUUGAAGAAGUGAUAAUAUUAAAUAAUUUCAACUUAGUAACUAUGAAAGCAAUCUUUACAAUAAUGAACAAUACUUAAGCAGUAGUGAAAAUAAGGCCCUGAAAAAAAAUUAACUUAAGUUCUGAAGAUUGAAAAACAAAACUGUAUUGGCUAUGAUACUCAUGUAUAUCGAAUUAUUAAAAUUAAGUCAACCCUUUAUUGACUGAGUGGUGGGUGACUGACUGACUGAAUGACUGGCUACCUGACUGAAUUACUGACCAAAUGACUGACAGAUGAUUAAGUGAUUGAGUGACUGCCUGAGUGAAUGAAUUCUGACUGACUGACUGACUGACUGACUGACUGACUGAUUGACUGACUGAUUGACUGACUGACUAGGUGAUUGAGUGACCGAUUGACUGAAUUACUGACUGAUUGAGUGACUGAUUAAUCAACUGACCUUUUGAUGAACUGAUAUAAUGAUUGACUAACUGACAGCACAUAUGGAUGGAUAGACAAAUGCACUAAUGAACUUACUAAUUGACUGAUAGUCAACAAAAUGGAAAUGGGUCAAGGACCAAAAAAAUUAAUUGAUUGAUUAUUAGAUACAUCAAUUACCGGUAGGUUUGAUUUUUUUUUUCUUGUAGCAACAACAAGCUGUCAUCACGGAGCAUCUAAAUGUACUGUAUGGAGAACUAAUGCGACUUUUAGAUCACACUGAUGAGAACAUUCAGUCACAAGCCAAGAGAGCACUUAGAAGCAUAUUUGCUUUCAGAAUGAUGUAUACAACAUGACAGAUACAAGGAUUUAAGUUUGGCUGGCAUAAAAUCAUGAGAUGAAAGAGGAAAAUAUUAUUAAAAUUGCAUUUAUUUAGUUUGUGGCCUCAUAGAGCAUUUAUACAUGAACAGUUACGACUGCUGUAAAAAGGAAUUGUACCACAAGUUGACCAUGAAAUUGAGAUUGCAUUAACUGCAUUGUCAUUUGACGUGCAUACAACUGUUUUUGUAUUUCUUAACUGAUGUCUAGAAUGACAAUUUUGGCUCAUGCUGUAGGGUUCCAAGAGAC